UUGUUGUAAGAUUCUCUUCUUCUUCUUCUCCUCUGUUUCAACUAUACUCCAUUCUUAGCUAGCUGGUACAGCCGCCACUAAAUUCCAAAACCCCAUCAAAUCAAUCAUAUCCCACCUAUAACAACCUUUACAGAAAUCGAUUCAAGAUUUCUAAUCAAGACUUUGGCUUGGAUUGAAUCUUGAUUUUGUAACAUCAUUUAUUCUAAGCUGCUGGCAUGAUUUUGAUUAAGGAGGUUUGCCGCUGGGAGAAAAGUUUGAUUGGGAUUAGCAACAGACAAAUCUGUAAUUGAUUAGUCGAAAGAAGAAAAAUUGGGCGAAUGCGAAUUACAAUGGUCUUUGGCAACCACCCAAAACGCUAGGGAUGACAGUAGCUGGGAUUUUCAUUCUGUGUUUCAGUAUGAUUUGUCCAUGCUGGUUUCCAAAAAAGAAGGAUAUAUCUGAAGUUAACCUUGCCGUGGAGCACAGUGCCAAUUCAGCAUCCUCAACGGAAGCAAGUAUUUCUGUUGAAAAUCUCCCAGGCAGUCCAGUUCGUGUGCCAGCCAGCCCAUUUCGGGUGCCACCUAGUCCUUCUAGAUUCUCACAGUCGCCCAGAACGACUGCAGUUGGAUCUGUACAUCUAAAUAUGAGUCAGGUUAUUAAAGCUACUCAAAACUUUUCACCAUCUCUGCUGAUAGGUGAAGGAGGCUUUGGAACUGUCUACAGGGGUCUGUUACAAGAUGGUCAGGUUGUUGCCAUCAAACGUGCAAAGAAGGAAAAUCUUAUCAGUUUACAAGCUGAGUUCAGCAGUGAAGUUGAACUGCUAUCGAAAAUUGAACAUCGAAGUUUAGUUAGGCUACUUGGCUAUGUGGACAAAGGGAAUGAGCGCAUUAUCAUUACAGAGUUUGUUCCUAACGGUACUCUUAGGGAGCAUCUGGAUGGUCAGCGUGGCAAAAUUCUUGAUUUUUAUCAACGUCUAGAAAUAUCCAUAGAUGUGGCUCAUGCACUGGCCUAUCUUCAUCUAUAUGCAGAAAAACAAAUAAUUCAUCGAGACGUAAAGUCGUCCAACAUUUUGCUGACAGAGAAUUUGAGGGCGAAGGUGGCUGAUUUUGGUUUUGCUAGAGCUGGGCCUACUGACGUUGAGAAAACACAUAUAUCAACAAAAGUGAAAGGGACAGCGGGCUACCUCGACCCUGAGUACCUGAGGACCUAUCAACUCACCCCUAAGAGUGAUGUGUUUUCAUUUGGAAUUUUGCUCAUAGAAAUUCUAACUGGGCGUAGACCAGUUGAGAUGAAAAGAGCUUCUGAUGAAAGGAUCACAAUAAGAUGGGCUUUCAAAACCUUCAAUGCUGGAAAAGCUGCGGAGAUGCUGGAUCCUUCAAUGAAAGAAGUUGUACACACUGGGAUUCUGUCAAAAAUGUUUUCUCUAGCUUUCCAAUGUGCAGCACCUACACGGGGAGAUCGUCCAAAUAUGAAAGAAGUUGCAGAGCAGCUGUGGGCAAUCAGGAUGAACUACCUGAAGAGUGUAAAGAGAGGAGAGUGAUGUUUGUACUUUUGAAGUGGCAGGUCUACAUGUGUCUGCGCAUGAUACUGCUUUAUCACGAUAGUUGCACGCAUUCGCCAGACAGCUCUAAUAUGUAACUGUAUCAUGUGUUAUUGUUGUGUCAAGAGUGCCUCGCAAUAGAUGCAAGCUGAUCAUCCAUCACAUUGUAAGUUUGAUAGUCAUAGAAAUAUGGUUACGGUGAAUGUAAAUCUUUUCCUUUUUGUGAGACGACUGGUUGGGAUUGUGCAACUGUCAACUGACUAAUCCAGUUGCUAUAUGACCAAUACAUUCAGAAGAAGAAACACAUGAACUGGAAAACGUAUACUUGAUAAUAUUUGCUCUUUAGCUUUAA